UCUUUGAAGGCAACACCUGGUUCUACCUGGCGGAAACAGAAGAGACCUGAUCCAACAGGUGUGCUUCGAAUUUUGCAAGCUAGUUGAACACCUGGAGGCUGUGCCAGCUUUCCAUGGGAGCCUGGGGUUUCUCAUGUGUGUGUCUGCAUUUUCCAAGCUGUGUUACUAUUUCUUUUGCAACCAAAGGACACCAAUCAAGACAGAGUAAAACGUUUGGGAGCCGUGCACGGGCCGGCAAAAAGAAUUACAUCACUGUCUUCAAAGCAACUUCUGCUCAGCCGAGAAGGCAAAGAUGAGAUUCCUGCAUUUGUUGCUGGGCGGACUCCCCGUCGCCAUUGGUUUGGUGGCUUUCAUGUGGAGAGAUACCUUCGACCCAGAAAGUCUCAUGGGCGCCCGUGUUCUCGUGACUGGUGCCAGCACUGGGAUUGGAGAAGAGAUGGCCUAUCAUUAUGCCAGAUUCGGGGCUCAGAUUGUCCUGACGGCCAGGAGGGAGGCAGUCCUGCAGAAAGUGAUGGAGAAAUGCCAGGAGCUGGGAGCAAAGAAAAUCUUCUACUUCCCCGCUGACAUGGCUUCUCCAGAGGAGGCUGAAAAGCUGGUCCGGUUUGCAUUGGAACACCUUGGAGGCUUGGAUUAUGUGGUUCUUAACCAUAUCGGCUGGACCCCUUACGUGAUGUGGGCUGGAGAUUUGGACCACACACGCUGGCUCAUGCAGGUAAAUUUCUUUAGCUAUGUUUCGAUAGCAUCAGCAGCCCUGCCUGCCUUGACGGUGAGCAAGGGAUCCCUCGUCGUCGUCUCCUCCCUUACAGGGAAAAUCGGGACGCCCUUCACAACCUCCUAUUCCGCCACCAAGUUUGCCCUGGACGGCUUCUUUACUUCCUUGCGCCAUGAGCUCAUCAUGCAGGAGAAGGACGUGAGCGUGACGCUCUGUAUCCUGGGCCUCAUUGACACGGAGUCGGCUUUGAACAAAACAAGGGACUUGGUGACCAUGACGGCUGCUCCAGCAUCCGAAGCUGCCUUGGCCAUUGUGAAGGGUGGAGCAACCCGGGCCAUGGAGAUCUUCUACCCCUGGACAGUCAGAGUGCUGUAUUUCAUCCGAGAUUGGUUCCCGGAACAAAGGGACAUGAUCCUACGCAGUAAAUAUAACUACAAACCUCCCAGGGACUAGAUGCUUUGCUAAUUGGGGGGGGGGUCUCUAGCGAUGUCAGGACCGUGACUCCCUGCGUGGGGAUAGUGGGAGUUGUAGUCCUGACACAUCUGGAGCCCCCUCCAAUUGGGGAAGGCUGGUCUCAAGCAGAAGGUAGAUUUCCAGACAUUUUGGACUAAUUUCCAACAUUCCGCACAUGCUGGUUGGGGCUUCUUAAGAACAUCAGAAGAGCCCUGGUGGAUCAGACCAAGGGUCCAUCUAAUCCAGCAAGCCAGUUGGCCACUGUGUGAACUGAAUGCUGGACUAGAUCAACCCUUGGUCUGAUCCACCAGGGCUCUUUGGAUGUUCUCAGAUCUUAUCCUGUCUUCUGCCCACUCCUGCACUAAAGGAUUAUGGGAGAAGAGAGCAACUGUCAUCCUUGAUGCUCACCUGGACUUCAAACCAGGCUUUUGUGCGGAGAUGGAGAUGGAACCAUCAUCACACCCUAAAGGUGUCUCACAGUUGAAAGCCACCCAAGGCAACACACUCACACACAAUGUCCAUAAUCCAUAAGAACAUAAGAACUGCCAUGCUGGAUCAGACCAGGGGUCCAUCUAGUCCGGCACGCUGUUCACACAGUGACCCACCAGCUGUUGACCAGGGACCAACAAGCUAGACAUGGUGCAACAGCACCCUCCUGCCCAUGUUCUCCAGCAACUGGUGUAUACAGUGACCCACCAGCUGCUGACCAGGGACCAACAAGCUAGACAUGGUGCAACAGCACCCUCCUGCCCAUGUUCUCCAGCAGCUGGUGUAUACAGUGACCCACCAGCUGUUGACCAGGGACCAACAAGCUAGACAUGGUGCAACAGCACCCUCCUGCCCAUGUUCUCCAGCAACUGGUGUAUACAGUGACCCACCAGCUGUUGACCAGGGACCAACAAGCUAGACAUGGUGCAACAGCACCCUCCUGCCCAUGUUCUCCAGCAGCUGGUGUAUACAGUGACCCACCAGCUGUUGACCAUGGACCAACAAGCUAGACAUGGUGCAACAGCACCCUCCUGGCCAUGUUCUCCAGCAACUGGUGUAUACAGUGACCCACCAGCUGUUGACCAGGGACCAACAAGCUAGACAUGGUGCAACAGCACC